ACGUGAAGAAUCAAAUCCUAUCAUUUAAAUCGCGAGUUAACGAAGAGAAGUGCUUACUGUGAUUUCUUUACGAGAUUUAAGCUGUUAAUUUUUUCGUUAUAAAUUCAAGUUUUUUAAAUUAGUGAUUAAUGUCUCAGAUUCGCGUGUUUGUUUAAGUAUUAUCUUAUGCAAUAUAAAACUCGUUAAUUCGAUCAUUUUUGUAUUCGAUUAUCCAUUUUCUCCCCCCUCUCUCUCUUUCUUUUUAUCUCUCUCUCUCUAACAUAUAAAAUAUAUCAAUCAAGUCUAAUCGAAUUGAUUAGCAAGAAAAAAAAUAAAUAAAUCAAUAAUUUAAAAAAAUACUGUAUUAAGAGAAUAUGGCGAUAAAGAAAGUGAAAGAAAAUGUCAUAAAAAUCGUGUUAGUUUAUCGCGUGUGUCUUAAUUAUUCAUAUGCGCUCUGAUAACUUUACGUUUAUCAGUCGGACGCGGAUACAAGCGGUCACAGUUACUCGCACCCUUCGGAAGCAUCGCGGAACAAGCCGAUUGUCCUUACGGAUGUGGACGUGAAGGAGGAAAAUCCUUAUCUCGAAUUAUAUGACCACAAAUACGACAUCUUUGUCGUUCAGCCUUCAUCUCUAAAUUUACUUGAUCAUUCAAAUAAAGAGGAGAAAUUAUUAAAAUAAAAUAAGAACAUACACAUAUGCCAAUUCAAAAUUCUCUAUGAAAUAUUCCAAGAAAAUAGGAGAGCUAUCAAUUUAUUGCGAUUGAAAUUCGACAUGAGGAUAACAGAAAAAAAAGAGAAAACAUAGGAUUCUCAUGUUCGCGGACCAUAUUCGUCAUUGUUGAUAAACAAUUCAGAGCUUCGCUUAUCUCUGGCUGUCUUCUCUGUCAGAUACGUAUCGAUCACUAGAUUUACAAUUAUAAAGUAUUGUAUACAUAUAUAUAUCCACAUCUCCCGAAAGAAAAGACUUGCAAAAAUGAAUGGGCUACAUUUCGCCUGCGUUAAACUCGCAUUAUGCAUCUUCAUAAUUCCUAGUCUAGCUGUGCCGGAACUAAAAUUGUUGCACGUUUUGUUCGCGCAUAAAUUGUAUGCGCCGAGCGAAGAUGAGGGGAGAAACGAUACAGACAUCCCGGAAAUCUUGUCGUAUAAAUACUUUACUUCCGCCACGAUGAACAUGUCAUUAAAGGCAAAUCUCAACAUGUAUAAUCUUGGGGUAUAUCUGCGCGAGAGAUACAAUGAAUUUUUAGGACAAACGUAUAUGCCCGAGAUUACAAAGAUGCGCACGACAGAGUAUGCAUUGUCAAUAGUAUCCUCUCAACUUGUCAAUGCCGGCUUGUGGCCACCCGCGACGAAUCAAAUAUGGCUCGAAGGCUUCAAUUGGCAGCCGAUACCGAGCGAACUGAAGGAACUGAAGGACGACACAUUGCUCCUGGGUUUUCUGUGUCCAAAUUUCACUUUAGAAAUGGACCAAGUGUUGCAAAGAGCUGAAACGCAGAAGAUCACUGAACAGUAUCAACUUUUAUUCAAUUAUCUUUCCCGACAUACUGGGAGAAAUAUUAGCACGCCAACGGACGUGGUACUCUUGUAUGCUGUUUUAGAAACUAUGGCUGAUCAAAAUAAAACAUUGCCCAAUUGGGCGAAAGAUAUAUUUCCCGACGGUGCCAUGUACGAUCUCACUUUACUAGAAUAUGACCUUUUUUCGACGACUUCUCUACAAAAGCAGCUCAACGGUGGAACUCUUCUAAAAGAGAUUAUCGGUAAUUUGUUAAAGUACAAGAUAGGCGAUUUAUCAAAGGAACGAAAAAUAAUAUUAUAUAGCGGCGACGAAAGAAAUAUUGUUGGAGUUUUGAAGAAUCUCAAUCUCUGGUCGCCUCAUAUACCUAACGAAGCGGCAGCAUUAAUAUUCGAAUUAUACAUCGAUAACGAGACAGAUAUUUACGAAAUAAAGAUUAAUUAUUACACCGGUAUCGAUAGCCCGACGAUCUCUCUGACUCUACCAAACUGCACCGAGAUAUGCCCACUGCAGACCUUAAUAAAUAUUGCUUUCGAUUCGAUACCGGAGAAUUCACUAUAUUUAUGCGGCUGGCCUAUCAAGAAUCUUACAAAAAUGGAAGACCAAGGAGAAAAUAAAGAAACCGAUAAUUCGAAUCAUAGUGGAUCUGCUUCCUAUGUUAGCGAGAAAUUAGUAUUAAGCUUUAUCUUAUACUAUAUAUGCAUUUUAACGUUUAGAGAUAAUUUCUACCUAUAGUAGAAAGCUUUUACAUAAUAUAAUUUAUUA